AGAUGUACCUUUUUUAAGUAGGACGAUAUCUCCUUAUAGUCUGAAAGUAAAGUUAUUCUCGAUAUAAAUCGGGAACUCUUCACUAUUCCAUGCCGGUCGUAAUAUUCAACGACCGAAUAAGCAAUUGGUAAAAAUAGUUUAAUUGCGUUGCGAUCGAUUAAUUAUGUUUCAGAAUAAGCUGCUCGUCUGAUCGACUGCACGUAGUGUUAUCUGAGAAUGCUGUUUUGGGGAUGCAAUUAGUGGAACGAUUAGUAAAACGAGGCGUAAGAAAAUUGUUACUGCGUUUUACAAAUAUGUCAAGAAGCCUAUUAUUUAAAAUCAGGUCCUGGGAAGAUUUAGGAAUUCAAUUUGCGAUUUCUUACGGAAACUUAUGGAAUGACGAUGUUUUUAAAUUACUAAACAGCGAGAAAGUCGAAAACGCAGAAGGAAUAUAUUGCAUUGUAAAUUCUGAUUUAGAAAUAGAAAACACUAAUAAACUCUUGGAACAUCUGAAUCUGACCAUACGAAGAUUGAAUUGGAGCAUAAAGUAUUUUGCAGUAAUUGAUGUCAACAGUGAUAUUAGCAACAAUAUAACAAAACUAACAGAACCACACAAUAAAUUCAUAACAAUCAAAUUGCCAUCUUUAAAAGUCGUUGAAAACAAUGGAUAUUUUCCGGUCAGUCAUGCUAUUGAUGCUAUAGAAAAGGCUAUAUGUAACAAACAACCUCUCAUAGCUGCACAUCGUACAGAAUUAUCUUUUGGCAACUUGUUAGAAGAAUUGGCUAAUUUAGCUGGUACAUAAUGUGUUUUGGUGUCCCUUUGUUACUUUAAUACAUUUUAUCUGAUACCUUGGAGCACUCUGAUUUCUUGAUUCUGACUAUGACUGAGAAAAUUUGUAAAAAUAUAGCAUUAACUUCUUUAUAUUUUUUGAAAAUUGUUCUUAAAUUAUAAAAUUGUUGUUUAGAUUUCCCAAUUUCUGAUGGGCCGUUAUC